GGUUCCUACGCAGUUCUCCUCCACUGUGCCUGCGCCAGACCCGAGACGAAAAGCCAGGCGGCCUGGGAGGAAGCCAGCAGGCUCAGGACACCUGCGGGAGAGGGGGAGCGCGGCGAGCGCCGAGGGACCCGGGCCGCGCGUGACCGCGCCAUGGCACCCCAGUUGUGAGUGUCCUUGAAUUGAGAGUGCCUCUGCACAUAAGGAGAGCAGCUCAUCGGGGGAGAUCAGAGCAGGUGAGAGCCACCAGCACCAUGUUCUGCACAAAGCUCAAGGACCUCAAGAUCACGGGGGAGUGCCCUUUCUCCCUGCUGGCGCCAGGCCAGGUUCCCAGAGAGCCGGCCGAGGAGGCGGCAGGGAGCUCAGAGAGCUGCGAAGCGACGCUGCCCGUCUGCCAGGACGUUCCUGAGAAGAACGCACAAGCAGGUCUGCCCCAGAGAAAGACCAGUCGGAGCCGAGUCUACCUUCACACUUUGGCCGAGAGCAUUUGCAAACUGAUUUUCCCAGAGUUUGAACGACUGAACCUUGCACUCCAGAGAACAUUGGCAAAGCAUAAAAUCAAAGAAAACAGGAAGUCUUUGGAAAGAGACGACUUUGAAAAAAUAAUUGCUGACCAAGCAACUGUAGCAGGCGUGCCGGUGGAGGUCAUCAGAGAAUCCGUCGGUGAAGAGCAUUUCAAGAUAUGCUACGAGGAAGACGAACACAUCCUGGGCGUGGUUGGCGGCACCCUGAAAGAUUUUCUCAACAGCUUCAGUACCCUGCUGAAGCAGAGCAGCCACUGCCAAGAGGCGGAGAAGAAGGGCAGGCUGGAGGACGCCUCCAUCCUGUGUCUGGACAAGGACCCCGACGUCUUGAACGUUUACUAUUUCUUUCCAAAGAGAACCACGUCCCUGAUUCUGCCUGGCAUCAUCAAGGCAGCCGCUCACAUAUUGUACGAAAGUGAAGUGGAGGUGUCCUUACUGCCUCCCUGCUUCCGCAAUGAUUGCACCGAGUUUGUCAAUCAGCCCUACUUGCUGUACUCCGUGCACGUGAAAAGCGCCAGGCCGUCCCUGUCCCCAGGCAGGCCCCAGUCCUCGCUGGUCAUCCCUGUGUCGCUCUUCUGCAAGACGUUUCCGUUCCAUUUCAUGUUUGACAAAGAAAUGACCAUUCUGCAGUUUGGCAACGGCAUCAGGAGGCUGAUGAGCAGGAGAGACUUUCAAGGAAAGCCUCGUUUCGAAGAAUAUUUCGAAGUUCUCACUCCAAAAAUCAACCAGUCGUUCAGCGGGAUCAUGACUAUGUUGAAUAUGCAGUUCGUUGUACGAGUGAGACGAUGGGACAAUUCAGUAAAGAAGUCCUCAAGGAUUAUGGACCUCAAAGGCCAAAUGAUCUACAUUGUUGAAUCCAGUGCCAUCUUGUUCUUGGGGUCACCCUGUGUGGACAGACUGGAAGACUUCACAGGACGAGGGCUCUACCUGUCAGACAUCCCAAUUCACAACGCGCUGAGGGAUGUGGUCUUGAUCGGGGAACAAGCCCGAGCUCAGGAUGGCCUGAAGAAGAGGCUGGGGAAGCUGAAGGCCACCCUGGAGCAAGCCCACCAAGCUCUGGAGGAGGAAAAGAAGAAGACCGUCGAUCUCCUGUGCUCUAUCUUUCCCUGCGAGGUUGCUCAGCAGCUCUGGCAAGGGCAAGUUGUGCAGGCCAAGAAGUUCAGCAACGUCACCAUGCUGUUCUCAGAUAUUGUUGGGUUCACUGCCAUCUGCUCCCAGUGCUCGCCGCUGCAGGUCAUCACUAUGCUCAACGCACUCUACACUCGUUUCGACCAGCAGUGUGGGGAGCUGGAUGUCUACAAGGUGGAGACCAUUGGCGACGCCUACUGUGUAGCUGGGGGUUUACACAGAGAGAGUGAUACCCAUGCUGUGCAGAUAGCGCUGAUGGCCUUGAAGAUGAUGGAGCUCUCUGAUGAAGUCAUGUCUCCCCAUGGAGAACCCAUCAAGAUGCGCAUCGGCCUGCACUCUGGAUCCGUCUUCGCCGGAGUCGUCGGCGUGAAGAUGCCUCGUUACUGUCUUUUUGGAAACAAUGUCACUCUGGCUAACAAAUUUGAGUCCUGCAGUGUGCCACGGAAAAUCAAUGUCAGUCCAACAACUUACAGAUUGCUCAAAGACUGCCCUGGCUUUGUGUUUACUCCUCGAUCAAGAGAGGAGCUUCCACCCAACUUCCCCAGUGACAUUCCUGGAAUCUGUCAUUUUCUGGAUGCCUAUCAGCAAGGAUCAAAUUCACAACUCUGUUUCCAAAAGAAAGAUAUUGAGGAUGGCAAUGCCAACUUCUUAGGCAAAGCAUCAGGCAUAGAUUAGUGCACUGUACUCUUGUGUAUUUGUCUUUGGGGUGUGACUCCGUGAAGGAUGUAUAGCACAUUGGAAUGCACUUUAGGAUUACAGGAGGCUAAAAAGCAGUAUUAGAAUUCCAGGAGCUAAGUCACCAUCUGAUCUUUCUCCAGUUUAACUUGACCAAAAGCAUAACUUCCGUCCUUCAACUCUUCUGUUUUUUUUUUCUUUUUAAAGAAACCUCAAAAAUUGACUUUUGGGGGAAUCUUUUGGUUUUAUAGCAGUCACCACCUGUACUCAGAAAUCAGCACAUUGUACAUAGACCAGAUAAUUGUAGUUGACUGUACACAAAGUGAUGAAGUCACCUGCAGUCUUGUGUCCUGGUGGAAUGUCAUGGCUAUUACAGUGUAUUUGUGAUAGUGUUGCCUUAAAAAAGCUUUUUCAAUAGAAAUUAGUCAUUGAUACCAUAGGUUCUUUCAGCUUUUCAAUUUUGCAUUUUAUUACAUUUUCUCAUUUAACUGUUAACAUAUAUAACAAAAUAGACUUAGUUACUUUUUCUCUUUUGCACUUUUUUUAAGGAAAUAACCAGUUAGGGAUUAGACACAAUAUAAAUAUAAAAAAAUUCUGUAAAUGUAUAAAAUUUUAUAUUUAACUCUUCAAGUUAAAAAUAUUCUACAUAAUACAAUGUGUCAAAUAAUAAAUUGACCUUUUGUUUGACAUAUAUUAUUUUUUAUCUUAUACAUACACAGUAAAGCUUAUUUUAUUUCAUAUUAUUAAUGUAGUUCCAACUAAUUCAGUUAUCAUAAUAGCAAAAUAUUCAGGAUAAAAAAGAUACAUAACCUAUAAUAAAAUGCAAUAAUAUCGUUCUAAUUUACCUUAGUAAGAAACAGCAUGAGAGUAAAGUAUGCAUCCAGGGAGUCUACAGUCGUGAAUUAUUUGUGCACACACACGUGCACACACACUUGGAAUAAUUGAGGCCUACUUUAGUACACAUCUUCCACUGCCAUGCUGAGCCACAGAAAAUGCCAAGUUUAGAGUGGAAAAUAAGACUGUUUUCUUCCUGCUUGUUUCCCUCCCUCCCUCAUUUCCUUUCUCUCCUCUCCCCCCUUUCUUUCCUUCCUUUUGUUGCUUGACAAUUUUUCUUAAGUAUUCAUGCUGAGUAUUUUUAGUGUGUGUAUAUAUAAGAAGGACCAAUUUUUAGUCUCAAUAAGUAUGUAUCUGUGAUGUGAUUUUUUUUAUUCUAGUUAAAAUAUCUUGGUGAUAUUUAU